CAUACACAGUAAAGGGAAAACUUCCAAUAUUUGACAUCAGCCAACUAUAUUAGUCAUGAUUUGGUCCAUAAGCAGCGUUACGAUAUUUAUAGUUUUUCUGUACUGCUCAGUGACAAUAGCUCAAGACCCUAAAGGACCACUAUUCGUCGUUGAACCUCCUUCAAAAGUUAUAUUUUAUAAUAACACUGAAGCUGUCAUUCCGUGCUCUGCCACCGGAAGUCCUAAUCCUGUUAUUAGCUGGAUUGAUGAACGUGGAGAUGAAAUUCAAGAUAUACUCCAUUUACGUCACAUCAAACAAGAUGGCUCCUUAGUUUUCCCGCCAUUUUCGGCUAGCGAAUAUCGUCAAGACAUACAUAUGGCUGUUUUUACGUGUGUAGCUUCGAACAUCGUUGGUAGUAUCAGAAGCCAAGACGUGCAAGUGAGAGCAGUUAUUUACCAGAAACAUGAGGUUAAAGUGUAUAAUGAAAACGUCCUUCAAGGAAACACUGGAUUAUUACGAUGUCUUAUACCAAGUAGCAUCAGAGAUCACGUGACUGUGACUUCAUGGACCCGGACAGAUGGACAUGUCAUAUUCCCUUCUCAGUCAUAUGAUUCGAACGCCAAACAUGUGGCAUUUCCCACAGGAGAAUUGCAUGUCCGGCACGCAGAUUAUGGUGAUGGUGACGUAAGCUACAGGUGUCACGUGACAGACCGCCUUGCUAGACAGAGUUUCCAAAGCGCUACUUCAGGUCGAUUGAAUGUUAUAGAGCCAUACAGCCACUUUCGACCAAAAUUUGUUCACUUCAACAAGGUCAUUAUUAUCAGUGAAGGUAACACUGUCUACCUCCCCUGCUUAGCCAAGGGCUAUCCAAACCCACGUUAUUCCUGGUAUCAGCUGGUGAAUGGCAGGAUGACAACCAUAUUACGAAAACCAAUAGAGCAGAUAGACUGUACUCUGGUACUGCAUUAUGCCAACGUCAAAGACUCUGGAACAUAUGUUUGUAUUGCAAGUAAUGAGGCCGGCGAAGAGCGACUUGAGGCGAAGUUGACAGUAAUAGAGCCCUUGAAGGUUACUGCCAUGCCAAAGAUUCAGAAGGUCAACGUUGGUGUCUCAAUCACAAUGAAUUGUUCCAUGAGUGGUUUCCCGAUAGAGCUCGUGAUGUGGUUCAAAGACCAUCGCCCUCUCUUGGCCAACAGAAGAAUUUCAUUCCCGAGGCAAAACGUUAUACACAUUAACCCAACCCAACAAGAAGACGGGGGGAUGUACCAAUGUUUUAUUCAAAAUAACCACGAAACUGUUCAGGACACGGCAGAGUUGAUAGUUGUUUCGAAACCUCCUGUUUUAAUUAGCACCUUUGACGAAAUGACAGUAAAACCUGGUUCCAGAGUGUCCCUCAAGUGUGCAGCUGUUGGAAACCCUUUACCUCAGAUCACGUGGACCUCAUACGAUGAGCCAGUGCCUGAUAAUAACAGAAUUCGUACUGGAGAUUAUGUUAACAAAGAGGGCGCUGUGAUAAGUUUUGUUAACAUUACCCGAAUAGAAGUUGUUGAUGGUGGGAUCUACCGUUGUUCAGCGACCAAUACUAACGGGGUGACAAGUCAUGUGGCUUCCCUGAAUGUAUUUGGUCGUCCGAUUAUCCGUCCGAUGAGGAACAGGACAGUUAUCGGAGGACGAGAUACAGUUGUACAUUGUCUAGUCAGUGGAUAUCCAGUUCAGCAAGUAUACUGGGAAAAAGGAAAUAAACGGCUUCCUUUAGGACGUCGCCACAUUAUUUUUUCCAAUGGAACUCUUAUCAUACGCAAAGUAGGACGAUUUGAAGAUGAAGGAGUUUAUCGAUGUGUUGCACAAGACACAGAGGGUCGGCUUGCUCAUCGGGACGUCAGUAUCAAAGUUUCAGUUCCACCUGUGAUCUCUCCUUUCGCCUUUCCUCCUGAACCACGAGAGGGCAUCAGAGCCAGUGUCAUGUGCAGCGUCCAAGAAGGUGACCCGCCCAUUCAGAUAACCUGGUGGAAAGACGGGGAACUACUUCAAACUGAAGACGAUACUGUUACCAUAGAUACAAACAAUAAUUUCAUAUCAACAUUGAUUAUAAAAACUCUUCAAUCUGAACACAGCGGCUUGUACACGUGUGUAGCCUCGAACGCAGCAGCCUCAGUUAACCUUUCAGCUACUUUAACAGUUAAUUCUCCAUCGAGAUGGAAAACUGAACCUCGUGAUACUUCGGCCAUCACUGGAAGUGAUGCAGUUCUAGAUUGUCAAGCUUUUGGAAGACCAGAACCACGUGUUGUAUGGAAAAAAUCAAACGAUGACACUUCCUCAAAGUUCAACACAGUGAUUAGUGGAGCUCGUGUCCAGGUUUUAGUAAAUGGGUCUUUGGUCAUCAGGAACGUACAAGAAGACGACGGAGGAAGAUUUAUGUGUGAGGCCAGUAAUAGUGUGGGUUCACCCAUCAGUACUGUGGUCCAGCUGGACGUUCAUGUUCCCGCCCACUUUGAAACAAAACUUACAUCCAAGACAACAGUGGCUCGAAAACCUACAACUCUUGAGUGUGAAGGUGGCGGAGACAAACCUCUGACGUUCACCUGGUUCAAGGAAAACCGAAGAUUUAAUGCUGAGGGUGAAGAGAGGUAUCGAAUAAAGGAUAUAAUGCUUGAUGACGUCUCCAGAUCAGAACUAACAAUCCUAUCAGCUGAAAAUAGAGAUACCGGGAUGUAUACUUGUGAGGUCCAGAACAGUUGGGGAAAAGACGAGACCAAUAUCCAGUUAUUGGUUCUGGAUCACCCAGCUCCCCCAGAACACAUCAGAGUUAAAAAGGUAGAUGAGCGAAGCGUGAGCCUAGAAUGGGGGGAACCUCCGUCUGGAAAUAAUCCAAUCAAGAAGUACAUUUUAUCUUAUAAAACUGAAGGAGAUAGCACAAGAAACAAACCACAAAAAAUAGUUGUUCAAGGUGACCAGAGAGAAGUAGUUAUCAGGGAUCUCAAGCCAAUGACCACUUAUUUAUUUAACUUAGUGGCUGAAAAUGCUAUCGGUCGGAGUUUGCCAAGCGCUGAUGUGUCAGUUAUUACAGAGGAAGAAGCCCCUACUAGUCCCCCAGUUGCUGUAGAAAUAGUACCAGUGAAUUCACGUGCACUGAAGGUGACAUGGAAGAGACCUGUAUCCACAGAAUCCUUUCGCACUGUCAAAGGAUACUACAUUGGCUACAAGGUUGUUGGUAGCGAGCAGGACUUUAUCUAUAAAUCUGUCGAAGUAACCAGUCAUCUUAUGCCUUACGAGUACGAAUUGAAUAAUCUCCAACCAGGAACAAGCUACCUUGUCGUAGUCCAAGCUUUUAAUCAGAAAGGAGUUGGACCAGGUUCAAGAGAGACCAGUGUUAAAACACCAGAGUUUGAUCCACCUGAUCCUCCAAAAAUAACGCUGUCAUUUGCAUCAUCUUCCUCAAUCGAGAUCACAUGGCAAAUCUCUAGUCGAAGGAAUAAACCUAUCUCAGGUUUUAUUUUACACUACCGCCAACAGCCACGUGACUGGAUGCAAAUCCAUAUCCUCGGAGACAAAACUAGCUAUUCUAUUCAGGGUUUGAAAUGUGGAACCAGUUACCAGAUGUACAUUAUUGCCUUCAACAGCAUGGGCAAGAGCGAUGCAAGCGACAUAAUUUCUGGCGUCACCAAAGGUUCUGCCCCCGUGGCACCUAGUCAGAAUCUUUUAGUAACUGUGAACUCAACAACGAUGGUGAUCAGGCUGAACGCCUGGUCUGAUGGUGGCUGCCCCAUAAACCAUUUCAUCCUGCAAUACAAGCCUUUGGGUCACACAGAGUGGAUAAUGGUCAGUUCAGAAGUGUAUCCAGAACAGGAAACUGUUAGUAUUAGUAUGCUAAUCCCCGGAAGUUGGUACCUGAUACUGAUGUCUGCCGUAAAUAGUGCAGGUAUCACAGAAGCAGAGUACAGGAUAGCGACGCUCUCGCCAUCUGGAGCAACCAUUAUACCAAACACAGUUUCAGAACGAAGCGGGAGAAGUAAGUAUCGUAGCUUAUAUGUUAUCAUACCAGUCUGUUGUGCUGCUGUAGUGUUGACCGCUGUGACGCUGUCUGUGUUUCUAGUGGUCUGUCGGCGACGGUCAUCUUCCUCAUCUAAUACAUACGAAGGGGUGCAUCAUUCUGAUGAUCCCAAGGGCGAAACUCUUGUAAUGACAGAGCUGGAGAAACAAUAUGGAGAUAUCGGUGAACCGACUUACUUUCCUUCGCCAUACGCCAUGACAAAAAUUCCCGUUUUACCGAGAGAGGUCGCUAAUAGAGAGGGAGAAAGUUUUCAUGGAUCUACCAGAGGGUCGGGAAAUAAUUAUGACGUCCCCCAGCCUAGAAAAAGCAAGUUCAAAAUGAUUGCUGACCAUUGCCAAGAUACAAGAAACGGAAGUGACGGAAGCUCAGACUAUGAGGGCACUGCAGAGCAUAGUGAAGGGUACGAGCAGCCUCGUAAACAAACAAGGUCAAGAAGUGGGGAGUCAGCUCAUCACGGUUCCAGUAGGUGGCCUACACCACUGCAGGGCACACACAGUGACUACUGUUCCAGUCAAGACGCCAUCUAUAGUCCAAUUCAUCUAGCUUCUUCUUCGUGUGCUACUGGCAGCUAUGAACCCUCGGACACAGAGUGCGACCGCGAUUUUUCGGAAGGGAAGGAUAUUUGGAAGCCUAAAGUGAUAUACCCAUCCAGCAUAUACGUUCAGACACCGUUCUUCCAGAGAUGAAUACAGAGUAUUGACAUGUCUUCUCUUCAGUAACUAAACUGUGUUGUCGUGAACUCAACACUUCGUUCUAGGAAGGUAUAAGUGCAUGAGGAAUUCUGUUCUUCAACAACUUGAAAAAUUCAAUAUCCUGGAAAGAAUUUACCACUGAAAGUAAAUUAUGUUAUAAAAUUGUUUUAUUGACAGUAACACGAGAUUUUAUAUUGGUGAAACAUUGGAAAAGCUUCAAUUAUAUCCUCUGGUAAAACAAAACAACAAAAAUAUUUUGCUUUACAAACGAUGGUUAUCAAUUUUUAGCAACGAUGAAUUUAGUUCACUCUAUUUUUUGGCAGUUUUUCUUUAACAUUACGUAUUUAUUAUACUAGACACAAUAUUUUAGGCUCCAAGUAAUUUCCCGGUAGAUUAGCGAUAAGUUUUCGGACCUACGAUGCUAAAUUCCGGAAUUCGCAGAUAUUUUAUUGUAUAGCUUUGCACUAAAAAACCAACAAAAUAUGUAUUAAAAUGAAUAUUAAAAUGUAUGUAUUAAAAUAAAUCUAUUUCACGAUAGAUGGCGCAAGAAGAAAUAUUACAAUUUGUAAAGUUCCAUUGUUAGACAAAUAAGUCAACUCAUAUCAGUAUAUUUAAUCGAGAGGGUCUGUUACUACAAUAGUUGUACUUUUUAUUCUUCAAGUGUUCCGCCAUUAGCUUCAUAAUGUAACGGAUAAACUACUAACUCGUGGGAAAUAAAAUUCUGUUACAUUUUUGUUUCAAUCCUUAUAACAUAAAGUUCAAUAAUGUUGAAAUCAACAGUGCUCGUUUCUCCCAUCAGACAGCGCUGGAUGAAGAGUGGUCGUACCAGCUUCCAGAAUGUUUCUUUUAAAGUUUAAUUCAUCACACCGACAACAAAGGCUCGAUGUUCAUUAAAGCAAAUUCGUGGAAUACGAAGUUCUUUUAAGAAUGUAAGAAAUACCAGUGGACAAAAAGCAGUUAGCCAGUUGUGUAGCUUUUCGUUAAAGAAACAACUGUUGUUUAUCAUAUUGUUACUACUAGCUUUUGACGAUCAUAAGCCUACAUCUGUGUCUAUGGGCUUUAAUUCCUCGUUAAUGUGAUUUCAGAAUUAUAGUUAUCGUUACCCAAAAUAUAAAUUUGAAUGUUACUGAAUCAGACGCCCCUAUAGAAUAAAUUUUGCGUCAAGUGAGACGGAUGACCGCUUACACACGUGUGUAUAUGUGUGUGUGUGGGGGGUGAUAGUGUCAUUACUGUAUUGAAUAUAUUCAUAGUACGGUGUAUUAAUAUUGUAUUUUACACACACACGCUUUUGUAUAUCGAGGAAAUGUAUUUUCGUUGUAGAUAUUUAUCUGUGUGGUUUAUUUUAAUGCAACUAAUCGUCUCAGUUUUGGCAGUUUUCAAACGAUAUUUGUUUCAUGUAUGUUUAUGCAUUAUCUUCUUUGGUAUUAAGUACAUUAUAGUAGUUUAUUACAAAAAAUGGACUCUAUAUAUAUGGGUAAAACUGUUCAUUUCCACUUCAAGACGGUCUCGCCCAACCCUUCUAACUAUUACGAAACUAAAACUUAGUUUUAAUGUUAGUUAAAUAAUUAUGAGGACGUUAUGUUUUUCGCUAUUUUGGAUUAUCUAUUAACAAGAAGACAUACCAGUAUUUCAUUUGCUACUCUGUGAGAGAAUUGUAAUAUUCAAAAUUAUUGUUUAUUUUUACGAUAAUUAUCUGGCAAUUUUGUAUUAUUUUUAGUUUGUAAUUGCAUAACAACGAUUUUUGUUAUAAUUAUUAGAAUGUGUUGGUUAAAUAGCGUGAUUGUUAUUAAAGUGUAAAAAAAAACGUAUUUGGAUAUUGUAUUUUAAAAUAUUAAAGUUGACGAAUCAAAGAGACGAAGAUCAAAUAUGGCAGGGAAAAAGCGUUUAAGAAAAAUAAAGUUUACAGUCAAAGGUCAUUUUCGUCAAUUUUAUCUGGCGUUAAAAAUCUCCUUAAUUCAUCAGCUUUGACGUUUUACACCACAGCAUGAACCCUUUUGCACUGCACAUGCUUUGAAUUUUAAAUAGAUUUUUUAGUUGCUUUAAGUCCAGUCAAACUGACGAUUUCUGGUGUUGAAUAAAAGGUCUCUUGGUCACUUCUGAUAUGAAAUCCGUAAUGGACUACUUAAGAAAACUGUGGGGAUUUAAGGUAAUCUGCAGUAAGCCUGAUUCACCUUUUGAUACUCUAAAAUAAGUUUUGAAUAUUGUUGUACCGUGAAGGUCUGACGUAAUUUGUUGAUCUUGCUCGUAACAAACAUCCCUGUCGUUAUUACGUUAUGAAUGUAUAGUAGGUUUUUCCUGUUUUUUUUUUUUCUUGUAUGAGGGAGGAAUACGUGUAAACAUGUUUUCAAUGCUGUAACACUGUGAAAGUAAAGCACAUUCUGAAUGUUUUGAACACAUUAUAUUCACCGUUACACUGCAAGAAAAAUAUGUUUUGUUAGUGUUGAUAUAUAAAGCUAGAGAGCGUUACAUGUGUUGACAUUGGUCAUCUAAUUAGAGUUUAGGGUUGAUUGCUAAAAAACUUUUAUUAAUAUCCAUAAAACGUAUUUAACUAUUUGAUAAUGCCAACAAAAUGCACUUUCAUACGAAGCGGUUGUUGAGGCAUUACGACGUGAGACUAUAAUAUGUAAGAAAGUCAUUUCUGCCAUACACAUUAUGUAUAUAUGAUAUAAAACUACGUUCGGUGUUUGCUGUGCACACGUAAAAAAAUAGUUGUUGUAAGCUUAUUACUAUUGUUAUUAUAUAAAAUUCAUAAUACAUCACGAAUUUCUAGAUUGUUAGGCUAAGAGGUGAUAUUUUGAACGUGAGGAAUACAGAGAAUUGACUCAUGAAAUACAACCGGUCAUCAUCUGAUUUUAAUCUCCAAA